AUGAUCCUGCUCAUCAUCAACGGCCGGCCGCGCCCGGCGAAAUCCUUCUCGCUGGGCUUUAUGAUCGUGUGCAGCAUCAUCACGCCGUUGUUCGGCGGCGCGGCCGUGGCCGAGUCGCUGCUAACGAAGUUCACCGAGGACAUCGUCAAGCUGGGCACUACCCGACACAACAUCGUCAGCGCCGUCGAAGCUUUCUCAGUGGCAGGCGUUCCCGACGGCACGCUGCGCUCCGACGUCCGCGCCGAUAACGUGGUGGCUAGCCUCGUAGUCGCUGGUAGUGCUGUGGGAGUGGCGGCGGCGAACGACGAGCCUGGCGAUGUCGCGGGCCUAGAAGCCGAUCUAGAACGCCGCGAUGCCAACGAGAAUUGA